AUGGAGGAGCACAAGCCGCUGGCGGCCAUGGUGGUGGUGCAGUGCAUCUACGCGGCCAUGGCGCUGUGGGCCAAGGCCAUGUUCAGCCGCGGCAUGAGCCCCAUGGUGUUCGUCGUCUACAGGCAGGCCAUCGCCACCGCUGUCCUCGUCCCCAUCACCUUGCUCGCCAACAGGAAGAGGCUGAAGGAGAUUGUUUGCAUCGGGACGACAGGCUUCGUGCUGGUGUUCUUGGCCUCUCUCGUCGGGGCGACGGCGAAUCAGUACAUGUACUACCAAGGCAUCUACCUGGGGUCAUCGUCCAUGGCGACGGCCAUGACGAACCUGAUACCGGCGAUCACCUUCGUGCUGGCGACGUCAGUAGGUCUAGAAUGCGUGGAGAUGAGGAAGCCGCGAAGCGUGGCCAAGAUAUUCGGCACCGCCGUCUGCGUCGGAGGCGCCAUGGUCAUGACCUUCCUCAAGGGCCCCAAGCUGCUGCACGACUCGCUGGGCGUCGGCGGCGCCGGGCUGGGCCUGGACGACCUGCUUCUUCUCAACUCGCCGGGGAGCCGGAACUGGGUGAUGGGCGCGCUGUUCCUCGUCGGCAGCAGCUCCUGCUGGUCGCUCUGGCUCAUCAUACAGGUGCCGAUCUGCAAGUCGUACGUGGAUCCCCUGACGCUGUCGGCCUGGAUGUGCUUCCUGUCCACGGCGCAGAUGGCGUUGCUCAACUCCUUCGUGCUGCCGGGCCUCGACGCCUGGAAGAUCCACUCGCUCUUCGAGCUCAUGGGCUGCAUCUUCGCCGGCGCGGUCGGGUCAGGCGUGACGUUCUACCUGCAGUCGUGGUGCAUAACGGUGAGGGGCCCUCUCUACUCGGCCAUGUUCAACCCCCUCUGCACCGUCGUCACCACCGUGCUCGCCACCGUCAUCCUCCACGAACAGCCACACAUCGGAAGCUUGUUGGGUGCAUUCGCCGUGGUAGCCGGGCUGUACAUCGUGCUGUGGGGCAAAGCAGGCGACGUCAAGAGCCCGAGGGCGGCGGGGCACGCCGAUGAUCUGGAGAAGACAUGGUCGGGCUCUCAGCUCCUCGACGCGGAAAGUACGAUCACCGCGCCGCUCCUGGCGGACAAGAAUCCGAUCGAGAAGUAGUGGCUCUACAAUUUUGGAACAGCCAGUGAUCUUUCUCAGCUUAUGGUCGCAUGUGUUCUGUAGCUGCAUGGUUGUUUUUCGAGGGAGAGUACUAGUGUGCUGGUGGACCAUGUGGCCAAGCCCAUGGUGUCGCCGCUAAUGUACAAAAGAUAAUGGCCGUAAAUGUUGUUGUGUCCCACGAAUUUAAGAUGAGGUAGGGGGUGGGGGGCUGUGCUUACCAAUUACGGCACCAUUGUCUUGACAAUUCGGUGCGCUACAAUCAAAUCGUACAGAAACUUCAGAGGCGAA